CGUGGUCGAUCUUCAAACUGUGACACGCCCAUAAGAAGCAUUCAAGCAGGCAACUUGAGUUUUUCAUGGGUUCUGAGCUGCAGGUCAACUAUCAGAAACUAGCACAAGAGUAUGCUAAGUUAAGAGCUCAAGUUGACGUCCUCAAACAAGCUGUCAGAACUGAAGAGAAUGCAAAGGCAUCAUUGGAGGUAGAGUUAAGAACAAAGGAUCAAGCUCUUAGGAAACAUGCACAGAAAAAUGAAUCAUUGAACUUUCGAAAUCAACAGUUGUCAAAGCGUGUCUCAAUGCUUCAAGAUUACUUGGAAUCAUGAGCAAAAGGAAAGAAGAAAAAUGUGAAUGUGCUCCGAAAAACAAUUUCAUAAUCACACAGUUGCAAUCAAUGGAAGUAUUGAAGAAAAGGACUACUGCUUAUACUGAGGAGGAGUUUAAAUCCACUCUCUCUGAACUGGAUAAGCUAU